UCCAAUAAAAUUGCAGUAAAGUCACCUCAACCCACUUUAUCAUACGCCCGGAGCGCAGAUUAGCAAAUGCUUCCCAGUUUACCAAUGUUAAGGCGCGAACCGCAAAGACAGUUUAAAACUUUCGUCUGUACUUUGUGAUGCGGUCUUCGCUUUGUCUCACUUCGAAUCUGCAGGGUUCGAAUCCGUUAAUGGCGUUCGGGUCAGGCUCUCUGGUGUGGUUCCGUAAGGGACUCAGGAUCCACGACAACCCGGCUCUAGAGUUCGCCUCCAAGGGCACUGAUUUUCUAUACCCAGUCUUCGUGGUCGAUCCGCACUACAUGAAGCCCGACCCGGAUGCUUUUUCGCCCGGUUCAUCGCUGGCCGGACUGAACCGUAUAAGGUUCUUGCUGGAGAGCCUGGUGGAUUUGGAUUCGAACCUGAAGAAGCUCGGGUCCAGAUUGUUGGUGCUUAAGGGCGAACCAGGCGAGGUCAUUAUUCGUUGCUUGGAGCAGUGGAAUGUGAAAAAGCUUUGCUUUGAAUAUGAUACGGAACCAUAUUACCAAGCCAUGGACGUUAGAGUUAAGGAAUAUGCAUCAGCAGCUGGAAUUGAGGUAUUCUCUCCUGUGAGUCAUACCCUUUUCAAUCCUGCAGAUAUCAUACAAAAGAAUGGAGGAAAGCCGCCGCUGACUUACCAAUCAUUUCUGAAGCUUGCCGGGCAACCUUCAUGGGCUUCCUGCCCUCUUUCAAUCACAUCUACUUCGCUUCCCCCUGUUGGGGAUUUUGGAAACUGUAAGAUUUCUGAAGUUCCUACAGUGACAGAGCUUGGCUAUGAAGACACUGGACAGGAUGAAUUGACUCCUUUCAGAGGUGGUGAAUCUGAAGCCUUGAAGAGGUUGAGAGACUCAAUAAGUGACAAUCAAUGGGUGGCGAAUUUUGAGAAACCUAAGGGCGAUCCGUCUGCAUUUCUAAAGCCAGCAACAACUGUUUUAUCACCUUAUCUGAAAUUCGGAUGUCUAUCUUCAAGGUACUUCUACCAAUGCCUUCAAGAUAUAUACAAGAAUGUCAAGAAGCACACAUCACCUCCGGUUUCCCUUGUUGGACAGUUGUUAUGGCGAGAAUUCUUCUACACCGUGGCUUUUGGAACUCCUAAUUUUGAUCAGAUGAAGGAUAGUAGAAUAUGUAAGCAGAUACCUUGGAACAACAAUGAAGACUUAUUGGCAGCCUGGAGGGAUGCCAGGACUGGGUACCCUUGGAUUGAUGCGAUCAUGGUGCAGCUUCGCAAGUGGGGUUGGAUGCACCAUUUGGCAAGGCAUUGUGUAGCAUGUUUUCUUACUCGAGGAGAUCUGUUUGUUCACUGGGAGAAAGGCCGUGAUGUUUUCGGGAGACUCCUGAUUGAUUCUGAUUGGGCAAUUAACAAUGGAAACUGGCUAUGGCUAUCGUGCUCAUCAUUUUUCUACCAGUAUAAUCGUAUAUACUCUCCAGUCUCUUUUGGUAAGAAGUACGACCCGAAUGGUGAAUAUAUUAGGCAUUUUCUCCCUGUAUUGAAAGAUAUGCCAAAGGAGUACAUUUAUGAGCCGUGGACAGCUCCGCUAAGCAUUCAAACUAAAGCAAAGUGCAUUGUUGGAAAAGAUUAUCCAAGGCCAGUGGUUUUUCAUGAUUCUGCUAGCAAAGAAUGCAAGAGGCGAAUGGGAGAAGCAUAUGCAUUGAACCAGAAGUUGAAUGGCUUGGUAAGUGAACAAGACUUGCAUAGCCUGAGGAGAAAAUUAGAUGAAGAUCAGAAUCACGAUGACACUAAAGCGAAAAGGCAAAGACAAAAGCUGAUUGGCUAAUUGGAAAAAUUAGUGGCUGAUGUGCACGAAAUCAGGAUUGUACAACAUCAAUCAAAUGGCGUGGAUGAAAGGCUCAUGAUCACUAUCUGACUUCCAAUUUGAUAAGAGUUGUAAGCUACUAAAUCAAAUCAGGCAGAUCUUUUGGGCGAUGAAUAUCUUAAAUUGUCUUAGUUUCAUUAAUUUUUUGGUGGUGUUUGUGUUAAAAUGUAUUUCUAUGUAAAGCACAUAUAUGUGGCGAUUACUUUCUAGCAAGAUAUAGUUUAUUAAGUCUCUCGAGCAUGAGAUGCCUUGCUUUGCUUUUUGGA